AUGAGAAUCCUCCGGCGGCGCGCUGCCGCCAUGUCACCUAGAGAGAAACGUUUAGCGCUUAUUUCGUCUCUAGUCGUAGUUUUUCUGGCUCUAUAUUACAUCCCAGCCUUUUUUUACGUCACUUUAAUUCUUGCCGGUGUUUGUUUAGUGUGUUUUUGCCAUAGCGGAGAACCGCUUCCCGCCAGGUUAGGCCUCAAUCCGCGGGCUGGACUGAGGGACCCUGCUGCGCUCGGGCGGCGGUUGCUGGGUUGGGGGGUGACCGGCGUGUCGGUGGCCACACGGGGGAAAACAAAGAGUAGCGGCGACAGAGCCGAGCACCGGGAAACCGGGGGACGCUUCAGACAAAGGCCCGCCGAAACUGGGAUUUAUCGCAAGGAGUCCUUGGCAAGUGACUCGUUUCUUUUUAGUCCUCGGGAUUUCCUCAUGGGUAGCUACAUCGGGAAACCCGAAAGCCCAGCUGCGGAGUUCGUGAGGCCGAGGGCAGGCAGAAAUCCGCGAGAGCAGCUGCGGGAAAAGCUUUCCAGACCCAACCAUGCCGUCUGCACUCCAAACCGGAGGCUGUCAUUCGCUGGGGAGCCUCCUGGCACAGUGGGCAGGUUCACCAUAACACCACAGCGCCACUACGCCCUCCAGCAGCCAGGUAUGUCUUCUGUGGGAAUCCUACCGCCUGUCAAGUGGGAUGGCUUCAGGAAGAAGAACAUCCUCAGUCCACUAAACUCACCAACUGCUCACAGUCCUGUCACUGUGAAGAUUGCCAGGCCCAUCCACAACACCCCCAGCUUUGACCAUCUGGGCUGCGCUGGGCUCCCCAGGGCCCCUGUAGAUCCCUGCUCCAGAGAAAGUGUCCUCAGGGUGUUGAAGGAAAGCCGCAAGAGAGAAGUGGAGGAUGAGGAUAGGAGCUUCACGUGUGAGCAGAGAAGCAAACGAAGACGCAAUGACAGCAGUGGAAGUGCUCACUCUGCUUUUGAGCCUCUUUUGCCCAAUGGGGCCCCAUCGCAGUUGGUCCCGAAGCCAGGAAGUCUGAAGAGAGGGAUGACCUCACUGGCAGAGGAGUCGAUCAUGAAGAGGUCUCGAACCUCCUCCAUUAGCUCUGGCAGUGCGAUCCACGCCCCCAGGGGAACCCCGGGGUCCAUGAGAAAUGCCAUCCUCAGCUCCUACAGUUCUUCACAAGGCUUUAGCCAGUGGAAAAAAACAUCAGCACACAGCUCCCCUCUCUCUAGCCCUGGAUCGUCUCGCUCUCAGACUCCAGAGGGAAUCUCCAAAAAGCCUAGAGAGGAUGACGGGCAGUCUCCCAGCUCGGCCUCCUCAGGGAGGUCAGACCAGGCGGCCUCUGUCAAGACACCUGUUACUUCUAAAUUGACUCCAGUCCCCAAGAUUCCUGUCAGUGCGUCGACAGACUCGAUUGGUAGUGGUGGGAAGAGAAAAAGGAAGAUCCAGUUGGUGUCAAGCAACCGGGAUGAUCAAUUUUCUCUGCCUCCACCUUUGGAGCUUGGUUACAGCAUCACUGUGAAAGACUUGGAUGAAGAGAAAAAGGCUGCCAUUAGCAAGAUCCAGAAAGUAUUGGAGACACCUGCACCAGAGCCGGAGAAGACUGUCUCUCCUCCUGUUACCACUUCCACUCAGCCUGGCUCCUCUACCAGCUUCACCACCUCCAAAACCACCCUGAGCAGCCUUCUAGCAGCUCCUCUGCCAACAGCAUCCAGCUCUGCCACCCCAGUCAUCAACCUGGAUCCCAGCCCAAGCAUCAGUGUGAGUGCAGCACCCACAGCUUCCAACCCACUGCUGGAGGCUCUGAAGAUGAAGACCCACAUUCCUGCAAGCUCCACAUCUGCUGCCAGCACAACCACAGUGCCGGCGUCGACCACACCAGUGCAACUUAGUGGCUUUAAUAUGAAAUCCACAACUGCAUUGGAUUCCCCACAGCCACCUCCCACCACCCAGUCUCAGUCCUCCACUGCCGCCUUUACUCAGGUUCUUGAUCAGGUCUUUAAGUCUUCCGGCAGCACCCCACCUGUAGCAGGAGCAGGCCUUUUUGGAUUGACCAGCCAGAGCAACACCCUCUCUGCAUCUAUAACCUCUGCCCCCGUCACUGGUACGACUGCAGCCGCCAGCAGCUCCGCGUCAGUCAGUAACGCAAACCCUCUGCUGUCUUCAGGGUUCAAACCCCUCUUUCCUGUCACCACCGCUACCCCCUCAGCUACAUCAGCUCCAGAGACCAAACCUCCUGUCCAAGAUUUCAAGCCCAUUUUUGGAGGCGUCACUGCAGGGGCUGUUUUUGGACAGCCUGCGUCCCGCUCAACUACCAACCCAGCACCUGUUGUCUCCUCAAGUAGUACAUCCUCAAUGUUUGGUGCUCCAUCAAGCACCACCACAGCGGCCUCAUCUAUGUUUCCCAGCUUGACCAGCACCCUCACUGGAACAACCUCCACAAGCUCCCUCACCACGACCACCACCACACAGCCUGCAGCACAGCAGGGUGUGAAAUCCUUCUUUGGAAACUGGUCCACACCAUCCACCACAACAAGUACCAGCUCAGCCCCGGUGCAGGCCCCUAACACAGGGAGCACAUUUCAGUUUGGAGCUGUUACAACCACCACGACUGCUGCUACCGCGGCUGCAGCUGCUGUUGCUGCUGCUGCUGCUGCUGCUGCUGCUGCUGCUGCAUCUGCUGCACCUGCUGCACCUGCCCUGGCUGCCGCUACCACAGCUUCCAGCAAUGGUACCUUUUCCUUUGGUGUCACACAGCCUGACCCUCAAGCUGCCAACAAGAAGGUUUUUGCCUUUGGUCAACCAGCACCCAGCCAGAACGCGACUGCGGUUUCAUUCGGGGGCUUUGCCAUGACCAGUUCUGCACCCACCACUGCUACAGCCACCACUCAGCCCACUUUCGCAUUUGGAAAGCCAUCAUUUGAAGCGCCAGCAACACAGCCCACCUUUGGCGCCUCGGCAGCACAACCAAAACCUUUCAACUUUGGAAGCGGUGCAGCAUCAUCCACACCUGCCUCGACCCCCGCCCCAGCUCCUUUUAAUUUUGGAGCUCCUGCUGCCACAACUGCAGCAAUGUUUGGGACCCCGGCUAAACCAGCAUUUGGAGCUGGUUCCACUGGAUUUGGUUUUGGUAACUCAGCCGCUCCCGCAGCUGCACCUUCAGCAGCACCUAGCUUUGGUGCAGCAGCCCAGACUCAGAACUCCUCCUCUGCUGCAUUCACAUUUGGUAGCGCCGCUCCUCAGCCAGCUUCCUCUGGUCCUCAGCCUGCUCCCAGUGGAUUUAACUUCGGUGGUGGUAUGCCAUGCCCUCAGUUUGGAACACCAGUCUCCAAUAAUCCUGCACCAAACAUGGGAAACUUCAACUUUGGGGCUGCUGCUACUGACAAAUCAGCAUUUGGGACAUCAACCCCAUCCUUUGGCCAGAGUGCUGCUGUAGGUCCAAUUCCCUUUGGAAGUCCUGGAACUCCUGUCCAAGGCUUCAAUGCUGCUCCAUUCGGGUCUCCUGCGACUCCCUCCUUCUCCAUCGGUGCCGGAUCAAAGCCAUCUGGAGCACGCCAGAGGCUGCAGGCACGGAGACAACACAAUAGGAAGAAGUAGCCUGCUACAUGUGUCCAUCAUCGCUUUCAGGGGACUUCAGCUGUUGCUGCUAUGGCUAACUGGGCUAAAACUGCUCUGUUUAAAGCUUGACAUCCCCAAACCAGGUCACCACCCUGCCCUCUGCUCUCCCCCCCCCCCCCCCCCCCCUUACCCUCCCUUAUUGAAUGGGAUGUGCUGACCCAAAACAUUGUGUUUGCAGAGGAGUUAGAAAGAGCACACCAGCUUGCCGAAUUCAUGCUGCCUGGACGACUACCCGACCCUGUGAGGGGAAUGUAGCAGUGAAAAGUUAGAAUCCAGAACAAUGUACAGUACUUGAAGCAAGAGGAAAGACCAUUGAGUCGUCUGAUUCCAAACAAAAGCAUAUCCAAAGUUCUUUUUCCUUUUUACAGUAUGAGGACACUCUCAUUGGUUCAUCGUGAGGAGAAAGUUGAGUCAGACAAAGACAUCGAGCCUUGGCUCAAACCUUUUUUUUUUUUUUACAUGAAUAUUUGAGUACAUUCUGUCAAUGAAUCUGAGUAGUGUGAAAUGCACGGCUGAGUCAGAAAAAGUACACAACACUGCAGUGUAAAUGUAAAGUUAAGAGACGUGUGCAUUUUAAAUUAUUUUUUUAAUUGGCUCUCAGACCCUGUAAAUGAGUGUGUGUGUGUGUGUCUGCACUAAAGGGCAACUUAGUAAAUGUCUUAAUGUAGUUAGUGAAGACCUUUUUUUGUGUUCUUGUUUCAUAUUCUUUGUCAUUGCAAGCAUUCCUUGAGUCCUUUUGGACAACCUUGUUUUGGUAGUGAUUGCCAACACUGAUGUAAUUAAUAAGUCAGUAUGGGUUUGUGAUUGACUACUGUUUUUGCUGUCAAACCAAAGCCAAUUCAAAUCCAUGCCUGUGAAAACAUUAUGUGACCUUUAUCCCAUCUUUCAAUUUUGAGAUGUUUGUUUUUGCCAGACUACCUCUCUUUACUCCCAGGCACUGAAUUCUUAGUCUUUGAAAAGUAACACAUCGGAUCAUGUUGACUAGAUCGAUGCAGCUUUACUUUUCACUUCUGUUAAUACAGGUGUAUAUUAAUAAAUACAACUUUAUUUCUUUUUUUACAUGUGCAAAACAAAACAUUCUCCCCAUUUCAGAAUUGUCGCUGUCACAAGCUUACACUAGCGUACACAGCAUUGAUGUAACAUCGAAUGCAAAAAAAAGGAAGAAAUACAUGCCAAUAAUUUUCACUAUGAUGCAGGGAUUUCUGUUGUCUUGAACGACUCUUAUUUGCACAAUGAAGUGACAAAUUCUGUCAAGAAAUACAAGCCCACUGAUGUCAGUAAUUUUAUCAGAAAUAUUUUCCAUGUAGAGUAACGAUCUCUUGUGAAAUGUGAGCAGUAGUUGAUGGAAGUUUUUCGUGGUUAAUUUUGAGUGAAUAAAACUUGAGUUUUGGAUAUGGAUGUUCCGGCAAGAACACAUUCAGCCCUUUGAGGUCUCACUCAUUUGCUUUCCUCUCAUUAGACGAUGUGCACAGACCGCUGCAGUGACUGUGAGUGGAGAUGCUGCAUAAGCAAUGAGCGCACAAACACUGGACAUGUUUGUUCUGCAGCUUUGUGGUUUCCACUCUUUCAGCGAGUGGAAAACCGUAAUGACCGUUUAUGUUUAAGGUACAAAUUCACACACAACUUUGCUUUGUACUCCUUUUUAUAAAUGUACACAGUUUUGUCUAGGUUAAUAAGUGUUUUUGAAAUAAUGGAAAAGUACAUAUAAAUAAUCUUUUUCAAUAA